CUUUCUAGUCAAGAAUGCAAGGGCGCAGCCUUCUUCCUCCUGUUACACUUUGAAAAGUCAACAUCAGAGUUCGUUUAUUUAAGCAAGGGCGAGGCAACAUUAGAGUUCAAAUUGAAAGAAUUCCAGAUUCUUCUACUUUGCUGAACUCAAGAGGAACAACCAUGGCAUUGAGUCCCACGAAGCUGGAGUACUAUCAACAGAUGUCGAAACUCGAAUCCAAUGCCACCUUCAUCUCUUACUUCAAGGGCGAUGAUGGCAGGCGUGCUUUGAUUUUGGACUCCACGAUCUUCCACCCACAAGGCGGCGGGCAACCCGCUGACACUGGUCUGAUUUGCUUUGCUGAUUCUGCCCUCAAAUUUUGCGUGCAAGAUGUUCGAUCAAAAGACGGAGUAGUAUUUCAUUAUGGGGUUUUUGAGGAUGCCAGUAGAGAAGCUGAAUUGGAGCAAGAAAAAGGGAAACAAGUGCUUUUGUACGUUGAUGAAUCGAGAAGAAAGCUGAAUUCCAGAUUGCACUCAGCUGGUCAUUUGCUUGACAGAGCCAUGCAAAAAGUAGGAUUGGGGCAUUUGGUGCCGGCAAAAGGCUAUCAUUUUCCAGACGGGCCAUAUGUUGAAUAUAAAGGUACAUUUCCACAAAACGAAUUUCAGAACAAGCAAAAAGAACUGGAGCUGGAAGCUAAUGCAUUGAUAUCUAGAGGAGGGAAAGUUCUUGUUGCUGUAUUAACAUAUGAAGAAGCUGCUGAGCUCUGUGGCGGUUCUCUUCCUGAUUAUAUUGCCAAAGACAGCACUCCUCGUAUUGUGAAGUUAGGUGACAACCUUGGUUGCCCUUGUGGUGGCACCCAUGUUUCUGAUAUUUCAGAGAUCAUGAACAUGAAGGUCUCUCAAAUCCGAUCGAAGAAAGGACUAACAAAAGUGUUCUACAAUUUGGAGGUUAAUUGAAACCAUUCGUGUUAUAGUAGUAAAAUCUGUGAUGUCUGCAAUCACAGAUUCAUAAUUCAUAGUAAUGUGAUCUUUGUAUACAUCAUUUGGAUAUGCAAUAAGUGUAGUCAUGGUUGUGAAAUUUUUAUUUUUUUUAUUUUUUUUAUUGAUAGGAAGAAAUACAGUGUUAAAUUAGUAUAUGUUCGAAAAAAAUCAAGUCUGGAACUCAACUUGCGGAUUGAAGUGCGAUUCACCUGCUUCUCACUUUGGAGAAGCAUGGUUGCUACUGUAGCUACAUGAGGGAAUGCAGUCAUAGUUGUGAAAUUUAUUCAAGCAGUACAAUGAUACUUUGUUUAUGUCUUGCCUGAAAGAGUUGAAGCACCAACUCAAUCUAAGAUAAGAAAUGGCACUCAGCAGA